AUGAGUUCCAUCGAUUUGAUCAGAGGCUUUCAAACUAUGGGUUGUAAAGAUGAUUUAAAAGGUGCUAUUGCCAGUAUGGUUUAUGUGGAUUUGAUAGAAGAUAAGAAUAUAUCCAAUCUGGAACAAAUUUAUGAUUCUGAACUAGAUUUAAUAUAUUUUCGUGGACUGCGGGAAACUUUUGGGGCAAAUGUCAUUGUACCAGUAUCAAGCUCUUUUGAUAUCGAUAUGAAUAAAAUAGAGGAUUUUCAAAGCAAAUUUAAUUCCGAAGGAAAAAGCAUUACACUCGCAAUAUGUGAUCCAAGUUCAACAAUACUCUAUUACAAUACAACAAAUGAUUUUGUUGAAAAAUAACGAAAAAAGUUUGAUAUUCGCUGGUGUGGAUUCUAAAAUUUGUAUGCAGACAAUUGGAGUACAGUGACACCAAGAAGAAUAAGUACAACAAAUAAAACAAACAUUAUAUUAAAUUUUGUAUUUCGUUAACUUUAUUAUUUUAGUAGCAGUAUCAUAAAAUAAAUUUUAUUUUAAAAAUUGA